CUUCUUUUUGCAGUUACUAUUCAUGAGCAUUCAAUAGAGAAGAAAGUGAUUGACCUUGCUGCCAACGAUAGUUCUGCUUUUAAAAAUGUUUCAGUUCUGUUGAAAAGGGUUAGCCAUAAUGACAAUAUCACUUUAUUAAACCAAGGUAAGAUAUGAGGGGGUAAGAAAGUAAACAAAAAAAGCAAACAUGUUAGCAAGUAAAGAUUUCGUGUAACUACUCCAUUUUUUAUAUUGUCAAAACCUCUUCCCUCGACAAAUUAUCAUCAUAUCAUCAUCAUCAUCAUCAUCAUCAUUAUCGUUAUCAUCAUUAUUACUAUUUUUGAUCCUUUUUUCAGCUUCAGUGUUUGUGCAAGAAGAUGUCAUUGCGCUGAUCGAGGGAAACCAUAUUAAUAAGUCUGACACUUGUGCACUGUCUGCAGUAACUGGUAUUCCUGUUAUCAGCCUAAGUAGAGACACCAGACCAAUUGAUGAAUGUACAAAAUCAGUUCAAAUGCAUCCAGGAUACAAGACUUUCGCUCAUGCUACUCUAGACAUCUUAAACACAUUUCAGUGGGAAAAGAUAGCACUACUUUACGACGGUAAAACUAAUCUAACGGAUUUUAUUUUAUGAAAGAACUGUGUCUAAUUGUCGGGUGCAUAAAGUUGCAUUUUUUUCUUUUUGUUUUGUUUUGUUUUGUUUUGUUUUAAUUUGCCUCUUAUCAUCUACCACAUAAUGCAUACACAAUACUUUCCAAUUUUGUUUUUCCCGGUUCGGCAUAAAGAAAGGGUAUUCACACUGACGCAAUGUUACAAAUGGGGCAAAAUAAAAUUUAGUUCUUAAUUUAAAUGACUUUUUUAUUGUCUAUUAUUCAUUUAACUAUCUGAAUUAUUAUUUUCUUUCCAGCGGAUGGCUUGCUGGAAGCUGGCUACUUCUACUUCAUCUCCCAGGGAUCUGAGCUCACUGUGACUUUUGUUCCGAUUCCUGAAAAACAGAAAGUGAAGGACAAAACCAAACUAAUAGCAACGGCAAUGAAUCAAAUAGAAAAGCUUGAACUGGACGUUAUUUUACUUUAUACUAAAAAGGAAAAUGUGGAACUGUUUUUGAAACAGGUAAAACUCCUCCUCUUAACUAUUAAUGGUGACACUAACUUUGAAACUGUGUAAAUGAGUACCCGCAAUAAAAAUUACCUCUUAUAACCACCAUGCGAUUGAAACCUGCCUCUAAAAGCAUGCAUAUUUGUCUAGUAUUAAUUUCUGAGUUUCUUUAAGUUAAAAUUGCCUUGUUCAGCUACCUUUUUUUAUCUUUCAACAUGAUCUACCUUUGCUUCAGUAGAAGAGAUGCGAAAAUAUGAAGGGCUAUAAAUGGAUACUUCGAGGACAGGUUUGUUAAUUUCCUAAAAAGAAGUUAAUUUUAAAUUUCAGUGAGUGCAAAUAUUUCUUCAUCGUCAGGAAUGUUCCAUACAAGUGGCUGCCAACUAAGGAUGCACUUUCAGGCCUUUUAUAUAAGAGAGGCUGUGCCAGCGCCUUUUACAGGAAAAAAUACUGUCCAAUGGAUGAGUUUUAGUGACAAAAUAAGAUUUAUCUGAUCCGUGACCCAAUUGUUGAGCAAAUUAACGUCUGGUGAGUUGUCUUUAAUAUAAAGCGUACGUCGUUUUAGAAAAUAAAGAUAAUCCGAGGGCAGACGUUCAUUUUUAAGCAAUUUUUUUCACUGCAGGUACCAGGAAACCUAAGUAGUCGACCAGUACAUGUGGUUUUAACAUUCAAGCUUCCUUAUAAUGAGAAACUGGCUCCCAAAGAACUGCUCUCUACCAACUAUUCUCAAAAGGUAGGAAUACAAAUCUGCAAAUAGUCGAAUUCAGCUAAAUUCAUAAUAGCCAUUCAAACAAAAGAGGUAGUUUUCGUUUUGAAAAGCAUGAACAGAAUUCCAUGAAUAUUCCUAUGUUUUAACCGGUAUCUCACAAUAUUUUCCAGUAAAACACUUGUGUCUAUAUAAUAAAAGUAAAUAUUUCAUGCAGGAACUUGCUGCCAUUGCUCACGAUGCAAUGCAAGUAAUCAAGCAGACUCAAAAAAUAGAAUCAUGUUUAUCAAUAAACUGCUCGGCUGUUACUUCUAAAGACCGAGAAACAUUGUUUUCAUGCAUGACAAAGGUAAGCUAAUUUCUUUGAUUUGUCAAUAUUUUUCUUUAUUUGUAUAUCUACUUUUCCGAGUGUUUCAAUGUGUUUUCAAUAGGUUUUGAUGUUGUUGUAGUCGAUUAUAUAUUUUUUUUAUCUUGUUUUUUUAUUUUGUUUGUUCCUCGAACUAAUAGGUGUUUCUUAAUUUUUUUCCCUUUUUUUGAUAUUUAAACUGAUGGCAUAGCCAACAUCCGUUUACUUUACCACAAUAAUGGAGAAAUUUAUAGAAACAUUUAGGGCCAUGUUUACCGCAAACGGCAAACGCAAAUUUGUGCCACGUGACCAAGUUUUCCCUUUUCUUGUAUUUAACUGUUCUUUACUUCUACAAAAAAAGUAGUAGUUUCACAAUUUUUUGCAUUCAUAAGAAUUGAACUGUUUUUAUCCACCCAUUUUCUGUUUUGAGAAAUCUUAACUUGAGUCUGCCGUUAAUUUGGCGUUUGCCGUGAUGCAUGACUCUAGAUCUCUCUGUUAUGAGAUAGAUAGAUUAAGUGUUUAGAUGGUUUAAUUAUGAAAAUCACUUUACAUUGCAGCCAUUGCAGCUGAUUACGUAAUUUUACAAUGAAUAUAUUCAUCUAAAAAUGAUAUACUAAGAUCGACUUGUUUAAUCUAUCAAAUAUGAAAUACAUCCAAGAUUCCAAUGAAUUUUUUUUUUAAUCCUUUGGUAGUUGUAGAUUUUAGGUCGUCAUCUCUGCAUUCUUGCAUGCGUAAUGAGCUGUAAGCGAGGCAGUUAAUAUGAAAUUUCUACCUGCUCAGUUUCCCUGAAUUAAUGUAAUUGUCGUCAAGGUAGUUUUAUCCAUUCAAAGAUUUUCGAUCAGAGAUCAAAUACAAAAAAGUUCUCGUAGAAUAUUCACACAGGAAUGCGUAUUUGAAUUUGACAUUAGUUACAAGAAACACUAACGGAUUCGUUUUUCAAAUAAUCAAUUCAUUAAUAGAAUCUUAGGGGGUACGCUUUUCCUGCCUUAACUUAACAUGAAGCAAUAUUGCAUUUUUAGCACAUCGAAUGUAUAAGUUGUGUUUCAGUUUUAUCCUUGGUUUAAAUUUUAUUUCCUUUUGAUUUAAGGUAAGCAUUAUUACCAUACCCAAAAAAAAGGGGGAAAUAAUAUUUGAACCAGGGAUACAAUUGAACCACAACAUAUAUCAACAGGUAACCUUUGAUGGUGUAACAGGACCUGUCAGAUUUAGCCAGGAUGGAAAGAGAGCAGGAGCACAACUGGAAAUCCUGAAUCUGAGAAACGGUUCAUUUAGAAAAGUAAGUACCAAGAUCAAGUGCAUGGUCAACAAGUUACUUCACGGUGGGCAUAUAGGAAGCCAAAAAGUGCAUCGUAUGAACUACUUUUGCAUUUUUUAUUUGUUUGAGCUCAAACUUUGCAUGAUGGUAGAACUUUGUAUUGCAAAAUAUCCUAUGCUUUUGUUUUUCGAAUUCAACGUUUUUUAGCGGAAAAAUGACGUCACAAGAUUGACAGCAAAAUUAAAAUUUCAACAUGUGGCAAAACAAAUAUAUAAUUUUUAAAAAAAGCACGACGCGAUAGAAUAAAAUGUGAAAGAUUUUUUGCCUUGUGCACACGGAGAGUGCAAAAACAAAGUAACACUUCUCAGUGGUAGCAAUUUGUUUAUGUUAUCCAGUGACCAGAACUGAAAUACGUUACCGAACAGGCUGGAAUAUGGAUUGUUAAUUUAACUUCAAAUUAAAGAGAAAUUACUUAGUACUGUUAGCAUUUAUUUCAAGGAAUGUAUCGCCACUGCAUAAAUGAAUCACCUUCCUUUUUUAAUUUAUGCUUUUAUACUACUACAUGAGAAAUUUCUGCAAUUAGAUUGCCUCAGAGCAAUGGUAUUUCAGCUCAAUUUGAAAUAAUGUACAUGUAAAAAUUACAAAACCUUUGCGGGUAGUAGUAUAAACAAAUGAUAGCAUGAUUUGUACGUGACAUUUGGCAUAAAUACUACUCGUGAUAUUUCAAAAUUGUCAUAUAACAAUUUCGAAAUAUCACUCGUGGUAUUUAUGCCAAAUAUCAUUACAAAUCAUGCUAUUAUCUAUACAAAUUAUGCCCAUAACCAUUUUUCAUUCUAGAACAAAAUUGCAUUUUCAGCAGUGGAUGCAAAACUGAAAAGUAGCAUUUCCAGAGCUUGCUUUAUUUUAUUCUAUUUUAUUCCUUUAUUUAUUUUUGUUUUGUUAGGUAGGGUCUUGGAAUUCAAGUGAGAAAGCUGUGAUGUUUGAAAAUAUCCACCCUAAUAUGUAUGACGCAGAAAAAUUUACGGGAAGCACACUGGAAGGAAAAAUUCUGAGGGUUGUUGUUUCAGAGGUAACAUAUAUACAAGCACAAUGUGCUGCGUAAAUGUUCCUCAAACGACUAUCUGGGGCCCUCCGUGACCGGAGAGAGAAGUAAAUUUAGUCGAACACAAAUCAGCUGAGGUGAAAACGAUUUGAGACUCGAUUUGGAAAACUGUCCCACCUACCACUGAAAAGAAUUCUGGCAAGUACAGUACCAGUAGUGUAACUGCCUUGAUAGUGAAGUUAACUUUACGCAGUAAGCUACUGUAUCAUCGCCUCGUUUCCAGUCCCUCCCAUUAAUCAAUUUUUAAUAACUUUAUGACGUCACAACGAGACGGCAAUUCAGACAUUGGGGUGAAUUUUGUACAUUCUUUUCAUUUUUAAAGUUAAGUGUGGACCUUUUUAAAAACUUGUUUUAAAAUAUCAACUAAAUCAAAGGCCAUAGAUUUAGAGAGAAUUUGUGAUCUGAAGAAAACAUUCUAAAAUGAUACUGUAGUAAAGGUAUGUUAUAUAUGAAGUGUGUAGCUAUUUCUAGUGUAAUAUCCGUGAGAGUAUCUACUCAAAGAGUUUUUAAAAACUCUUACAUUAACACAGGAUGAGCCAUUUGUCAUGCUCAAACGACAGGAAGAUGGACUUGUUGCAUAUGAAGGAUAUUGCAUUGAUCUGCUAAACGAACUUGCCAAAACACUGCAUUUCACUUAUAAUAUCAAACCUCCUCCCGACGGGUUUUUCGGCGUCGAAACGAUAAAUGGAUCCUGGAAUGGAAUGAUAGGAGAACUACUAAACAAGGUAAGAAACAAAAAACAAACUCUCCCAGAUCGAGGUGCCCGACAGGUGCCCUAUUUCUCUUAGGAAAAUUUCCAUGGGCACUAAAAGAUGCAUGGAGGCAUCAUUCUUUUAUAAAAACAGAAAUUAAAGUGCAUUGUUACGCAUGAUCCUUGAGAUACAAAAGAUCAAACGUUGGGGCCUCUAAAAUUAAUUGUUUGACAGUCGUUCUUACUAGAAGGCACCAAACACAUAAAUCACACCUGCUGAGAAGUUAAAUCGUCUUAUUCAAUGAGGGAAAAUCCCUUUACUAAAAAUUAUAAACUAAAUAAGCUUUGGUUAAUCUUUGACAGUAUCUAAUAAGUGGAAGAAACUGUGACCGUUUCUCUGACGUAUUUUUCUUUUUCAUCUCUAAAGCGUGCAGACAUUUCCGGAGCUCUGACCAUCACUGAAGGCCGAGAAAAAGUGGUAGACUUCGCUGUUCCCUUCAUGUAUUUCACUGAAGAUAUGCUACUCAAGAAAACAUCGUUCAACAACGGGUCGAUUGAUUUUCUAAAGUUCUUAAAUCCUUUUCACAGCGACGUUUGGUUUGCUUCUCUGGCCACCCUGGUAGUGAUUUCCGUUUCAAAUUUUGUGAUAAACUACUUGAGCCCAUACGGUUACAAAGGUGCAAAUGGCCGAGGGACCUCUGAGGAGUUUAGUUUCUUUAACAGCGUGUGGUUUGCAUUGGCUUGCAUGCUGCAGCAAGGAUCUGAGAACCAGCCACGAAGCCUGUCAGGUGCUUUGGAGAUGUUGCUUGUUCGCAUUCGAAACAGUCGAUGUUCGGAAGGAAAUUGCUUUUUAAUAAUGGUCCUAGCUAUUAAAUCACAAUAUCGAUAGGUCUUAUGCUACUCUAGAGUCAGUAAUAAUUGCGUAGUUUUAUGUUAAGUACCUUUUUCGUUUUUCUCUUUUAUAGGUCGCAUUCUUACCGGGUGUUAUUGGUUUUGCAUUCUUGUCUGGGUUUCAACAUACACUGCAAAUCUCGCUGCAUUUUUGACUGUGAAAAAUGCCGUGGCUCCCAUCAAUAACCUAGAUGACGUAAUAGCAUCAUCCUAUCAAGUCACCACACUAGAUUCAGGAAGUAUCUACGAGUUUUUCAAGACGAGCAAAUAUCAAACUCACCGACAGAUUUGGCACAGAAUUCAAGCUGGCAAAUCUUUUGUUCGAAACGUAAAUGAGGCUGUUCAGUUGAUUCGUGAAAAGGAUGACCGUGUGUUUAUUUAUGAUGGACCUGUUAUUCGACAUAUUGCCAACAAGCCACCCUGCGAUCUAACAACAGGUAAUUAGGUUUAAUCUAGAGCACUGCAAUGUGAACGUGAGUAGAUGUGAAAUUUAAAGUUUCUUUAAAUAAAUAGAUAAAACGCGAUCGGACGUGUUAAGGGGUUGGGACGGGACCAAGGUGGCUAGAUUUGUUUUUUUUAUUAUUAUUAUUAUUUGUUUCUGUUGUGCGAGUUUUGUUACGCUCUUUUAUGCACUUAUUGUCGGAGCUAAAGGGCCGGGAAACUAUUUUGAAAUAUGACAACGUCGCUUAUACCUGUUUCAUACACUUUCAUUAAUUUACAGUGUAGUGUUUUGGUUUCCUGGAAUGGAUUGUGGCGCGCUGUGCAGCCCGAGCGGCCAAUAGGCAGUUGGGACAAUUUGGCAUUUCAGCAUUUGGGCAUACGGAACUAACUGCAAUGAUUUUCUUGAGUGGCCACCAAAUAAUAGCUUCCCAGUGCGCAAUUCCUCACAAUGGCCAAAGCAACCUUCCUUGAAUCAGCUUUUUAUCAAUAGACAGUGUUCUGCAAUUUUGAAAUUGCUCACGGAGCCAUGCCUUGCCUGAACUGGAUCAAAGGAAUGAUCAAAAUUAUCAAAAAUUCAACAUUUUUUUACGUUAAUAUUCUACUUUUUUAUGGGGAAAAAGUGCAAAAUAUGCUAAACUGAUGAAUGAAAAACUCUUUCAGUGCCAGGUUUAACCAAUGUCAGAGGAAUUAGUCUUGCUUUUCAAGCGAAUGAUCCUUAUGUUACAGAUUUUACACUGGCCAUUUUGCGUUUCCAAGAGAACGGUUUCCUAGGAAACCUGGAACGUAAAUGGUGGGAAUCUUCCUCUGGAUGCCCUAAAGAACAAGACACAGGUAAAAAAAUUUAGUGUGCUUAAUCCUCACAGGAAUUUUAGGUGGCUAAACACUUCUCUAAAAUUGCGUUAUCUAUAAAUAUGUAUGAAUUGUUGACUUUUUUGGCAAUUAACGAUCCGCAACCUAUCAAACUGGAAAACUUAUCCAAGAGCAGCUGUAGAUGAGGUUUCCAGAUUUGUAUGUUUAAGAAAUAAAGGCACGCCAAAGCAUAGUGAAUGGCCUGACGGCUAUUAGAGGGAGGUAUAGCCCUGCUAUGGACAAAACCCGGUAUAAAAGUCGGAACUAAUAUCCAUUUUCACACUGCCCGUGGCCAUAACACACCCUGAUGCCCACCCUGACCAUAAUCAUCUUGUUUCUGUUGCUGGAUCUCUCCUGGUGUACCUACAUCGUGAGUAAGCGCUUCAUUCGCAAAUGUAGCAUCUGAACUGUACAAUGGAACCACGAUAUAACGAACCUCUCUAUAACGAAGUUCAUAGUAUAAUGAACACUUUUCUUUACCCCGGUAACAGUAAGUGAAAUAUAUGAAAAAAGGCCCCCGAUAUAACGAAACCUCGUUAAAGUAGCGAACAAAUUUGCCAGUUCCUUGGCCAUUCGUUAUAACGGGUUUCCACUGUAUUUUUGUUGUUCACGAAUUUUUUUUUUGCAUGUAUUCGUUGAAGUGUUGUCAAGAAAGCGAAUCGACUUAACAAGUAUGGCGGGAGUAUAUGUUGUCUUGGGCAUUGGACUGGUUGUGGCAUACUUAGUGCUGAUUGCAGAAAUUAUCUGGAAACGAAAAUAG